AGGCUCAGCCACGAUCCCGUCUGGUCUGGAGCAAGGGCUUUAUGCGGGGACUCUUUAAAGGCCCCGGCCCUGGAAGGGGGCGUGGAGGAGUGUCCUCUUUCGGUCCCCACCCUGGGCCCGGCUGCACAGCCAGCCAGGGAGGGCUGUCUCCUCCCCUUCCCGCAGCUGCUGAUCUCUCGGCUCUCAAGCCAGGGGCAGGGGACGCCGCGCAGCGACUCCUUAGGCUCCUAAGAGGGUACUCGCCCCGGCCACCAGGAUGGCAGGAGCCCCCGGGGUCCUCCUCCUCCUGCUCCUCUCGGGGUAUCUCGGGGACGCUCAGGGGCAGCGGUCCCAGCAGCGGAGGCAGCCCCAGGCGCACCAUCAAAGAGGUUUAUUCCCUGCUGUCCUGAAUCUUGCUUCCAAUGCACUCAUCAUGACCAAUGCCACGUGCGGUGAAAGAGGACCUGAAAUGUACUGCAAGCUGGUAGAACAUGUCCCUGGGCAGCCCGUGCGCAACCCCCAGUGUCGGAUCUGCAAUCAAAACAGCAGCAGUCCACACCAGAGACACCCGAUUACAAAUGCUAUCGACGGCAAGAACACUUGGUGGCAGAGCCCCAGUAUAAAGAAUGGAAUCGAAUACCAUUACGUGACAAUUACACUGGACUUGCAGCAGGUGUUCCAGAUCGCCUAUGUGAUUGUGAAAGCAGCGAACUCCCCUCGUCCUGGGAACUGGAUUUUGGAGCGCUCGCUGGAUAAUGUUGAGUACAAGCCCUGGCAGUAUCAUGCUGUGACAGACACGGAGUGUCUGACCCGCUACAACAUUUAUCCCCGCACUGGCCCACCGUCCUAUUCCAAAGACGACGAGGUCAUCUGCACUUCCUUUUAUUCCAAGAUCCACCCUUUAGAAAACGGAGAGAUUCACAUUUCUUUGAUCAAUGGGAGACCAAGUGCUGAUGAUCCUUCUCCUGAACUGUUGGAAUUCACCUCUGCCCGAUACAUUCGUCUGCGAUUUCAGAGGAUCCGCACCUUGAAUGCUGACCUGAUGAUGUUUGCUCACAAAGAUCCAAGAGAAAUUGACCCCAUUGUCACAAGAAGAUAUUACUACUCUGUCAAGGAUAUUUCGGUCGGAGGGAUGUGCAUCUGCUAUGGUCAUGCCAGGGCUUGUCCGCUUGAUCCAGCCACAAAUAAAUCGCGCUGUGAGUGUGAGCACAACACCUGCGGGGAGAGCUGCGAUCAGUGCUGCCCAGGAUUCCACCAGAAACCGUGGCAAGCGGGGACUUUCCUGACGAAGACGGAAUGUGAAGCAUGCAAUUGCCAUGGAAAAGCUGAAGAAUGCUAUUAUGAUGAAAAUGUCGCCAGGAGAAAUCUGAGCUUGAAUAUACAUGGAAAGUACAUCGGAGGGGGUGUGUGUGUUAACUGCACGCAGAACACUGCUGGUAUCAACUGUGAGACAUGUAUUGAUGGCUUCUUCAGACCCAAAGGGGUGUCACCAAAUUAUCCGAGACCAUGCCAACCUUGUCACUGUGAUCCAGUUGGUUCCUUAAGUGAAAUCUGUGUCAAGGAUGAGAAGUACGCUCGCCGAGGUUUGGCCCCUGGAUCCUGUCAUUGCAAAACUGGCUUUGGAGGGGUGAGCUGUGAUCGGUGUGCCAGGGGUUACACUGGCUACCCAGCCUGCCAGGCCUGCAACUGUAGCGGCUCGGGGAGCACAAAUGAGGACCCUUGCUUUGGGCCAUGUAGCUGCAAGGAGAAUGUUGAAGGAGGAGACUGCAGUCGUUGCAAGCCUGGCUUCUUCAAUUUGCAAGAGGAUAAUCCAAAGGGCUGUGAUGAGUGUUUCUGUUCAGGAGUCUCAAACAGAUGUCAGAGUUCCUACUGGACCUACGGCAAUAUACAAGACAUGAGUGGCUGGUAUUUGACUGACAUCUCUGGCCGUUUGCGAGUGACACCCCACCAGGACAACUCUGGGUCACCUGUGAAGAUCAGCAUCAGUAAUGUGGAGGCCCGGCAAGCCCUGCCAGACAGCUACUACUGGAGUGCCCCGGCCCCAUACCUGGGAAACAAACUCCCCGCAGUAGGAGGACAACUGACAUUUACCAUCUCUUAUGACCUUGAAGAGGAGGAGGAAGAUACAGAAAAUGUUCUUCAGCUGAUGAUUAUCUUAGAGGGAAAUGACUUGAGAAUAAGCACAGCCCAAGAGGAGGUGUAUCUACAACCAUCUGAAGAAUAUAUCUAUGCCUUAUCACUUAAAGAAGACUCAUUUACUAUACAUGGCACAAAUUUCCCAGUCAGUAGAAAAGACUUCAUGACAGUGCUGGCAAAUCUGAAGAGAGUCCUUGUACAAAUCACUUACAGCUUUGGGAUGGAUGCCAUCUUCAGGAUGAGCGAGGUCAGCCUGGAGUCUGCAGUCCCCUCUCCAACUGACGGAAGUGUGGCUUCCGCUGUGGAAGUUUGCCAGUGUCCCCCAGGGUAUGCCGGCUCCUCCUGUGAAUCCUGUUGGCCCAGGCACAGAAGGGUUAACGGCACGGCUUUUGGCGGCAUCUGUGAACCCUGCCGGUGCUUUGGUCAUGCAGAAUCCUGCGAUGACUUCACGGGGGAAUGUCUGAACUGUAAGGAUCGCACAGGUGGGCCUUAUUGCAAUAUAUGUCUUCCUGGUUUCUACGGUGACCCUACUCAAGGGACCUCUGAUGAUUGCCAGCCCUGUACCUGUCCACUCAAUGUCCCGUCCAAUAACUUUAGCCCGACCUGCCAUUUAGACCCGAGUUUUGGAUUGAUCUGUGAUGAAUGCCCUGUCGGGUACACAGGACCACGCUGUGAAAGGUGCUCAGAAGGCUAUUUUGGACGCCCCUCUGUACCUGGAGGAUCAUGUCAGCCCUGUCAGUGCAAUGACAACCUCGACUUCUCCAUCCCUGGCAGCUGUAACAGCUUGUCUGGCUCCUGUCUGAUAUGUAAGCCAGGUACAACAGGCCGGUACUGUGAGCUCUGUGCAGAUGGCUAUUUCGGAGACGCGGUUGACGCCAAAAACUGUCAGCCUUGUCGCUGUAACGCCAACGGCUCCUCCUCUGAGAUUUGCAACAGUCGCACCGGACAGUGUGAAUGCAGACCCAACGUGCAGGGCCGGCAGUGUGAGAAGUGCAAGCCCAAUAUGUGGUGGGACCCGGAGAAGCAACUCUGUGUGCUGUGUGACUGCAGUCCCCUGGGAGCUGCGUCACAGCAAUGCGACAUGACAGGAAGAUGUGUCUGUACACCAGGCUUUGUAGGGAAACGAUGCCACCUCGCCAGGCAGGUGCACCGACAGGAGGAGCAGCCGCAGAGAGCACAACGGGUGCUGGGGUCCCCCCGGAGGUGGGGUUCCAGCAGCUCCAGCGGGUGCCCUCGGGGAGCCCACCGGGCCCCAGCUCUGCCUGAGACCUUUGGCUUGCAGUCCGGAAGGGGCUGUGUUCCCUGCAACUGCAAUUCUUUUGGGUCCAAAUCAUUCGACUGUGAAGAGAGUGGACAAUGUUGGUGCCAGCCUGGCGUCACAGGAAAGAAAUGUGACCACUGUGCCCGUGGGUACUUCAGCUUCCAAGAAGGAGGCUGCACAGCUUGUGACUGCUCCCAUCUGGGUAAUAACUGUGACCCCGAAACUGGUCAAUGCAUCUGUCCUCCCAACACCAUUGGAGAGACGUGUUCUAAAUGUGCACCUAACACCUGGGGCCACAACAUCAUCACUGGCUGUAAGGCUUGUAACUGCAGCACAGCGGGAUCCUUGGAUUUCCAGUGCAACAUAAACACGGGCCAGUGUGACUGCCAUCCUAAAUUCUCCGGUGCAAAAUGUACAAUGUGCAAACAAGGUCACUGGAACUACCCGCACUGUGCUGUCUGUGACUGCUUCCUGCCUGGGACAGAGGCUGUGACCUGUGACUCAGACACGAAAAUAUGCUCCUGUAGUGAUCAAAAUGGGCAGUGCAGUUGCAAGGUGAACGUGGAGGGCAUCCGCUGUGACAGGUGCCAGCCGGGCAAAUUCGGACUAGAGGCCAAGAACCCACGUGGCUGCAGCAGCUGCUACUGCUUCGGAGUCACCAGCCAGUGCUCCGAAGCCAAAGGACUGGUCCCCAAGCGGGUGACUCUGGAGGCAGAGCAGACCAUUCUGCCACUGGUGGAUGAGGCACUGCAGCAUACAACGACCAAAGGCAUUAAUUCUCAACCCCCAGAGAUUGUGGCAAACAUGAAUCUGGUAAGACAAGAUCUCCACUUAGAGCCUUUCUAUUGGAAACUCCCAGAACAAUUUGAAGGAAAGAAGUUGAUGGCUUAUGGGGGCAAACUCAGAUAUGCAAUCUAUUUUGAAGCACGAGAAGAGACGAGCUUCUCUACCUACAGGCCUCAAGUUAUCAUUCGAGGUGGGACUCCUACCCAUGCUAGAAUUAUCAUCAGGCAUAUGGCUGCUCCUCUCAUUGGCCAACUGACAAGACAUGAAAUUGAAAUGACAGAGAAAGAAUGGAAAUAUUUUGGUGAUGAUCCUCGAAUCAGUAGAACUGUGAGCCGUGAAGACUUCAUGGACACCCUAUAUGAUAUCCACUAUAUCCUCAUCAAGGCCACUUAUGGGAAUUUCAUGAGACAAAGCAGGAUUUCUGAAAUCUCAAUGGAGUUGGCUGAGCUGGGGCACAUAACAGCAGCGACUCCUCCCGCUCUCCUGAUAGAAAAGUGUGACUGUCCCUCCGGCUACUCUGGCUGGUCCUGUGAGACAUGCUCACCAGGAUUUUAUCGGCUGCGUCCUGAGCCAGGUGUCCGCAGCCCAGGACCUACCCUAGGCAAGUGUGUUCCAUGUCAAUGUCACGGGCACAGCAACCUGUGUGACCCGGAAACAUCCAUCUGCCAGGAUUGUCAGCAUCACACCGCUGGUGACUUCUGUGAACGAUGUGCAGUGGGAUACUAUGGAACUGUCAAGGGAUUGCCAAAUGACUGUCAGCAGUGCGCUUGCCCUCUGAUUUCUUCCAGCAACAACUUUAGUCCUUCCUGCGUUGUGCAAGGCCCAGAUGACUACCGCUGCACUGCAUGUCCGCGAGGGUAUGAAGGCCAGUACUGCGAAAGGUGUGCCCCUGGCUACGCGGGCAGUCCAAGCAGCCCCGGAGGCUCCUGCCAAGAAUGUGAGUGUCACCCCUACGGCUCGCUGCCUGUGCCGUGUGACCCGGUCACAGGCCUCUGCAUGUGCCGUCCAGGAGCCACCGGGCGCAAGUGUGACGGCUGCGAGCCUGGCCAUGCACGCGAGGGCUCAGAGUGCGUUUUUUGUGGAGAUGAGUGCACAGGCCUUCUUCUCGGCGACCUGGCACGCCUGCAGCAGAUGGCCGUGAGCAUCAACCUCACUGGCCCACUGCCUGCUCCGUAUAAAAUCCUGUAUGGUCUGGAAAACAGCACUCAGGAGCUCGAGCACCUGCUCUCACCGCAUCGGGCCCUGGAGAGGCUCAUUCAGCUGGUGGAAGACAAUCUGAGCACGCUGGUGACAGAAAUGAAUGAGCUUCUGACCAGGGCCACCAAAAUGACAGCAGAUGGCGAGCAAACUGGACAGGAUGCCGAGAGGACAAACACAAGAGCAAAGUCCUUAGGAGAAUUCAUUAAGGAGCUUGUCCGGGAUGCAGAAGGUGUGAAUGAAAAAGCUGUGAAACUAAAUGAAACUCUAGGAAUGCAAGACGAGGACUUCGACAGAAAUUUGCAAGAGCUUCAGAAAGAAAUCGAUCAGAUGAUGAAUGAACUGAGAAGGAAAAAUCUAGAUACACAAAAAGAAGUUGCAGAAGACGAGUUAGUAGCUUCGGAGGGUCUGCUGAUGAGAGUGAACAAGCUGUUUGGAGAGCCUAGGCUCAAAAAUGAAGGAAUGGAGAAAGAUCUCCAGGAGAAACUGGCUGACUACAACGACAAACUUGAUGACGCUUGGGACCUGUUGAGAGACGCCACAGAUAAAAUCAGAGAAGCAAAUCGCUUAUCUGCUGCCAACCAGAACAACAUGACUGCUCUGGAGAAAAAGAAGGAGGCCAUAGAAAGUGGCAGACGACAAAUUGAGAACACUUUAAAAGAAGGCAAUGACAUACUUGGUGAAGCCAACCGCCUCGCAGAUGAAAUCAACUCCAUCAUAGCAUAUGUUGAAGACAUUCAGACUAAAUUACCACCAAUGUCAGAGGAGCUUACAGAUAAAAUAGAUGAACUCUCCCAAGAAAUCAAGGACAGGAAGCUUGCUGAGAAGGUGUCCGAAGCUGAGAGACACGCGGCUCAGUUGAAUGACUCGUCCGCCAUCCUUGACGGGAUCCUUGGUGAGGCUAAGAACAUCUCCUUCAAUGCCACUGCGGCCUUCAAUGCUUACAGCAACAUUAAGAACUACAUUGACGAAGCUGAAAAAGUUGCCAUGGAAGCCAGAGGUCUUGCAAAUGAAACUAUGCAACUGGCAACAAGUCCUCGGGGUUUGUUAAAAGAAGAUGCCAAAGGCUCCCUUCAAAAUAGCUUCCGCAUUCUUAAUGAGGCCAAGAAGUUAGCAAAUGAUGUAAAGGAAAAUGAGGAGCAUCUGAAUGACUUGACAACCAGGUUAGAAAAUGCAGAGGCUAGAAAUGCCGAUCUCUUGCGAGCUUUGAAUGACACUUUAGGGAAGUUAUCAGCCAUUCCAAAUGUCACAGCAGCUAAACUGCAAGCUGUUAAGGACAAAACCAGACAAGCCAAUGACACAGCAAAAGAUGUACUGGCCCAGAUUAAAGAUCUCCACCGGAAUCUUGAUGGCCUGAAGAAAAAUUAUGAUAAGCUAGCCGACAGUGUGGCCGAAACGAAUGCGGUAAUAAAAGAUCCUUCCAAGAACAAGAUCAUUACAGACGCAGAAACCACUGUGAAGAACCUAGAAAAAGAAGCUGAUCGACUUCUAGAUAAACUCAAACCCAUCAAGGAACUCGAGGAUAAUCUAAAGAAAAACAUCUCUGAGAUAAAAGAACUGAUAAAUCAAGCCCGGAAGCAGGCCAAUUCUAUCAAAGUAUCUGUCUCUUCGGGAGGUGACUGCAUUCGAACAUACAAGCCAGAAAUCAAGAAAGGAAGCUACAAUAAUAUUAUUAUCAACGUCAAGACAGCUGUUGCUGACAACCUCCUUUUUUACCUUGGGAGUGCCAAAUUUACUGACUUUCUGGCUAUAGAGAUGCGGAAAGGCAAAGUAAGUUUCCUAUGGGAUGUUGGAUCUGGAGUUGGCCGGGUAGAGUAUCCAGAUUUGACUAUUGAUGACACCUAUUGGUACCGUAUUGAAGCAUCAAGAACGGGCAGAAAUGGAUCCAUUUCGGUGAGAGCCCUGGAUGGACCAAAAGCCAGUAUUAUGCCCAGUAGUUACCACUCCGUGUCUCCCCCGGGCUACACCAUUCUAGAUGUGGACGCAAAUGCAAUGCUGUUUGUCGGAGGCUUGACAGGAAAAUUAAAGAAAGCUGAUGCUGUACGUGUGAUUACAUUCACGGGCUGUAUGGGAGAAACAUUCUUUGACAACAAACCUAUAGGUUUAUGGAAUUUCCGAGAAAUAGAAGGUGACUGCAAAGGAUGCACUGUAAGUCCCCAGGUGGAAGACAGUGAAGGGACUAUCCAGUUUGACGGAGAGGGUUAUGCAUUGGUCAGCCGCCCCAUUCGCUGGUACCCCAAUAUCUCCACUGUCAUGUUCAAGUUCCGGACAUUUUCAUCAAGUGCUCUCCUGAUGUACCUUGCCACACGAGACCUGAAAGAUUUCAUGAGCGUAGAGCUCGCUGAUGGACACAUAAAAGUCAGCUAUGAUCUGGGUUCAGGAAUGGCUUCCGUUGUCAGCAAUCAAAACCAUAAUGAUGGUAAAUGGAAAUCCUUCACCCUGUCAAGAAUUCAAAAACAAGCCAAUAUAUCAAUUGUAGAUACUGAUACUAACCAGGAGGAGAACAUAGCAACUUCAUCUUCUGGAAAUAACUUUGGUCUUGAUUUGAAAGCUGAUGACAAGAUAUAUUUUGGUGGACUGCCAACCCUGAGAAACUUGAGUAUGAAAGCAAGGCCAGAAGUCAAUGUGAGGAAAUAUUCUGGCUGCCUCAAAGAUAUUGAAAUUUCCAGAACUCCAUACAAUAUCCUCAGCAGCCCUGAUUAUGUUGGCGUUACCAAAGGAUGCUCCCUGGAGAACGUGUAUACAGUGAGCUUUCCCAAGCCUGGUUUCGUGGAGCUUGCCCCUGUGCCCUUUGAGGUCGGAACUGAGAUCAAUCUGUCCUUCAGCACCAAGAACGAAUCCGGGAUCAUCCUCCUGGGAAGCGGAGGGUCCCCAGUACCACCCAGGAGAAAGCGAAGGCAGACUGGACAGGCGUACUAUGCCAUCCUCCUCAACAAAGGCAGGCUGGAGGUGCAUCUCUCCACGGGGUUACGGACAAUGAGGAAAAUUGUCAUCAAACCAGAGCCAAGUCUGUUUCAUGAUGGGAGAGAACAUUCCGUCCACGUCGAGAGGACACGAGGCAUCUUCACUGUUCAAGUCGAUGAAGACCGAAGACAUAUGCAAAAUCUGACGGUAGAACAUCCCAUUGAAGUGAAAAAGCUUUUCGUGGGAGGUGCUCCACCUGAAUUUCAACCUUCCUCACUCCAAACUAUCCCUCCUUUUGAAGGCUGCGUGUGGAAUCUUGUUAUUAAUGCUGUCCCCAUGGACUUUGCACGGCCUGUAUCAUUCAAAAAUGCAGACAUUGGUCACUGUACCCAUCAGCCGGCUGAAGAGGGUGAAGAAGGAGCCGUUCCAGCUGAAGUAGUGGUCCAACCUGAGCCCAUGGCCACCCCUGCCUUCCCUCCACCCACCCCGGCUCCAGAGCAGGGUCCUUGUGCUGCAGAAUCACAACCAGCUCUUUUGAUGGGGAGCAAGCAGUUUGGGCUUUCCAGAAACAGUCAUGUUGCAAUUGCAUUCGAUGACACCAAAGUUAAAAACCGCCUCACAAUUGAGUUGGAAGUGCGAACUGAAGCAGAAUCAGGCUUGCUUUUUUACAUGGCCCGGAUCAAUCAUGCUGACUUCGCUACUGUUCAGCUGAAAGAAGGACUGCCAUACUUCCGCUAUGACCUGGGGAGUGGGGACACCAGCACUAUGAUCCCCACCAAAAUCAACGAUGGCCAGUGGCACAAGAUUAAGAUUUUGAGAAAUAAGCAAGAGGGAAUUCUUUAUGUAGAUGAUGCUUCCAACAGAACCACCAGUCCCAAGAAAGCGGACAUCCUGGAUGUUGUGGGAAUGCUGUACGUUGGUGGGUUGCCUAUCAACUAUACUACUCGAAGAAUUGGUCCAGUGACCUACAGCAUUGACGGCUGCAUAAGGAACCUGCGCAUGGAAGAGGCCCCUGCUGACAUUGAGCAGCCGACUUCCAGCUUCCAUGUGGGGACGUGCUUUGUGAAUGCUCAGAGAGGAACCUACUUUGAUGGGACAGGUUUUGCCAAAGCAGUUGGUGGAUUCAAAGUGGGAUUGGACCUUCUGGUGGAACUUGAAUUCCGUACAACCAGAACCACGGGGGUUCUGCUGGGGAUUAGCAGUCAGAAAAUGGACGGGAUGGGCCUCGAGAUGGUUGAUGGCCAGCUUAUGUUUCAUGUGGACAAUGGCGCCGGUCGUUUCACUGCUGUCUACGAUGCUGGGAUCCCAGGGCAUUUGUGUGACGGGCAGUGGCAUAAAGUCACUGCGAACAAGAUCAAACACCGCCUUGAGCUCACUGUCGAUGGGAACCAGGUGGAGGCCCAGAGCCCUAACCCAGCAUCUACAUCAGCUGAUACCAAUGACCCUGUGUUCGUUGGAGGUUUCCCAGAUGACCUCAACCAGUUUGGCCUGACCACCAACGUCAGAUUCCGAGGCUGCAUCCGAUCCCUGAGGCUCACCAAAGGCACGGGCAAACCACUGGAAAUUAACUUUGCCAAGGCCCUGGAACUGAAGGGUGUUCAACCCGUAUCAUGCCCAGCCAACUAACCAAAAUAAGUUUAAUCCCAAAAGGGUCCAUGAAAACAAGUCUGUCAGGUAGAACAAAUAUACUUUACCUAUGUAUAUUAAUAAAAGUAAUUGGUGAACAUAAGUAGAGCUCUUUCUAUAUUCAGGCAGUGUUAAUUCAAAUCCCCACUGGCUUCUAAUUCAGCUUCUCUCCCCAGUUUAUGAAUAUUAAACCAAUUAUUUCAUUCUAAA